AAACCCUUGAGAUGGUUGUACAUGAAAAUUCCAAGUUUUUGAAAUGCUCAGAACAGCCCUGUCACCAACACAACAAUUCCACUUUCAAAGUCACUAGGGCUGUGCAAAAAAUCGAAUGCGAUUUUCAUGCACAUCUCAUCAGUAAAGACGCUCCUUUAAUUAGAUCUUGGGAGAUAAAAAACAAGAUGGCGCCAGUGUGUGGGGCAGGCCGUCUGUUGUCUCUAGCCUUAAUCGUGUUUGUGUUGUUUUUACUAACUACUUUUAACAAUGUGGACUCUCUACUGGUGUAUGAUCGCCAGAUACUGCUGAACAUUAGAUUAAAUAUGGAAAAUAUGCUAAUUUAUAAUUCUGGUGGAUCGAAAACCUCACCUCACCUGCAUGAGUUACCUGUGUAUCUCUGCCGAACGCCGUUUCCUGCUCGGAAGAAAAAGCGACAUAAACGUCGGGGGAAACGUGGCGGCCUGCUGAUAAAAAUUAGAUCCCGUCUGGCAGUUUCCCGUAAUCUCCGUAGAACAUUAGCGGAGUAUCAGAUAGAUGACUGCAACUAUAUUUCCAUGCUCUCUUUGGAUCCUGUCUACACCUGGCUGGUACCGGUGGUCGACGCCGACAAGGAGUCCAGGGCUCCCCGUUCCGUGUCUCCCCGCUUCCGGAGAGGUAGAGUUAACACAUCGUGCCUACGGGUGUUGGAUCGUGAGCCCCGGAUAGCAAUUAACCCAGAUCCGGCCAGGAUUGCCCUGGUAAAUGCCAGGUCGCUGGUAAACAAAACUUUUAUCUUAAAUUACUUUUAUACCUCAAAUAACUUGGAUCUACUGUGUGUGACUGAAACCUGGAUGAACGAGGGUGAGUUAAGCCCCUUUUCGGAGGUUUUACCUUUAAACUUUGACUUUUUUAACUCUCCACGACUUACAGGAUGGGGUGGAGGAAUUGCGAUUAUUUUUAAGGAAAAAUUAAACUGCCGGCGUGUGAUGUGCAACUUCUACUCAAGCUUUGAGCUGAUUGUAUUUGAGCUUUUCCGAUUUUCUGGCUGAAAUCAUGCCGAAGUAUGACAGAGUUUUAAUUGUUGGAGAUUUUAA